AUGUUCUUAGCUAUUGUGGUUAUUGUCCUUUACAUACUUAGGGCAGCAUGCUAUCGCCUUUACUUCCACCCUCUUCACUCCUUUCCCGGUCCGAAGCUUGCAGCCAUCACAAGUCUAUACGAGUUUUACUAUGCAGUGGUUAAAGAUGGCCAAUUCAUUUGGGAGCUUGGCAGGUUACAUGACAAAUACGGGCCGAUUGUACGUAUAACGCCGGACGAGCUACGUAUAAGAGACUCGUCCUUUUACAAUGAGAUAUAUGCUGGUGGUACACGUGUGAGAGAAAAGUCUUCGUCAUUUGUUCGCUUAUUCGGUGCCCCGGAUUCAACUGUUGCGACGGUAUUGAGCAAAUACUUCUCUAAACGCUCGGUUUUAAACAUGCAGCCACUUAUUCAGGGCAAGAUCGACGCCUUGAUUCAGCAUUUUAGAAAGGCCCACAGGGAACAACGUGUCAUAAAUCUCUCUAUAGCCUUCUCGGCAUUAACUGCGGACAUAAUCUCAACUUAUGCAUACACUCGAGACUUUGCCACUACUGGUAUACUAUUUCGGCUCCCCUUUCUUCUUUUUUCUCGUAUUGCUGUUACAGAUGCUUUGUUUACUGAUUCCAUGAAGCGGGCAGUAAUAAAAGAAGGCCUUCAGCUUUCCUUUGGUGUGCUCACGCGCCUACCACGAGUCGCCCCUUUCGAAGCAUUGAACUAUAAAGGACACCUUAUACCUCCAGGUACACCAGUGAGUCAAUCAAUAUAUUUUGUCAAUAUGGAUCCUCGGCAUUUUCCGGAACCACACACAUUCAACCCAGACAGAUGGCUGGGUACGGCAGAAGAAAGAAAAGCCCUAGAAUCAAUGCUUGUGUCAUUUUCUAGAGGAAGCCGCCAAUCAGAACUAUUCCUUACCCUCGCUACCUUGGUGCGUCGAUUUGAUCUAAAACUGGUUGACACUACACUCGAUGACGUCGAGCCAUACAGGGACCAUUUCAUCAUUUCCCCAAAAAAUAGGAAUGGGAUAUAA